CAUUUUCGUACCCUGAAAUUCCCAGCCUACCACUGUGGCAGUAGGGUUUCCCCCGAUUCUCAUCCCGCGUGCACCUUAGGCGAACCCCCUCCGCCUCCUCCCCUCUCUCUCUUCCGCCGCCUCGCCUCCUCUCUUCUCGUCGGCCGCCGCCUCAACCAUGGGCAGGGGCAAGUUCAAGGGCAAGCCCACUGGCCGCCGCAACUUCUCCACGCCGGAGGAGAUCGCUGCUGGAACUUCAGGGCGCCCACGCUCAUUUAAGAAGAAUGUAGCUGAAGCGGAAGAGGAAGAGGAAGAAAUAGAAGAAUCUGAAGAGGAAGAAUCUGAAGACGAUGCUGAGGGAAAGGCUAAACAUAAAGGAACUGAAGGUAUUAUUCAAAUCGAAAAUCCAAACCUGGUGAAAGCAAAGAAUAUAAAAGCCAAAGAAGUUGAUCUUGGAAAGACCACUGAACUCUCGAGACGUGAGAGAGAGGAGAUUGAGAAACAAAAAUCGCAUGAGCGCUAUAUGAAGCUUCAGGAGCAAGGCAAAACAGACCAAGCUAAGAAAGAUUUGGAACGUCUUGCUUUAAUAAGACAGCAAAGAGCAGAUGCCGCAAAGAAGCGCGAAGAGGAGAAAGCUGCCAAAGAACAGAGGAAAACUGAAGCACGCAAAUAAUGAUGACAGUUGCGAACCAUGAAGACAUGAGCUAGCUGAGCUGUGUUUGCUGGAUAUUUAUUUCUUAUGCAUCUCAUAUAUUUAAACUGGGGUCUCUAUUCCAUCUAUAUUUCCAUAAAAUUGUGCACCAAACUGUAAAGUAGUGCUGUCGACAUGGCUUGCUGUAAACUUGAGCUUUGCAGGGUACAAAUGUAGUAAGAUCAGCUUAUGCGAGAUUUGCUUUCACUCGAACUGAUAUUAAAAAAACUGUUGAAA